GGUAAGAUUUCUUUGGAGCUGAGCACACAAAAUACCAAUCACUGCUAAUAUAGCGUUCUACAUCACUAAACGUGAUCAAUGAUUUCUGUAAAACGAUAUAUGUAUAUAUUUCAGUAUUAUUAUUUUCAAUCCUAAACAAUUUCUGCUAUUUAUUCGUAAAUUAUAAAAAAAUUGUGUAAUAAAAAAUUGUUGUGUGAAUGUUGUUGCAGUCUAUCAGACAGCUCACUUCCAUUUAUUUUAACCUGAAUUUUAGUAAGAGUAUUUCUUUUAUAUUGUUCCCAAUAAUAAUUUAUUAGAAAAUUUAUAAAUACGGAUCGUAAGAAACGAUUAUUGUCUUACAUUUAUUAUUCCACAUGUAUUCAUAGUUUAGACACGACAGUUUUUUUUAGAUAGUUUUUAAUAAUUAUCUUAUUUUUAGCAAUUUAUAAGAUUUAAAUAGAAAAAUGUCACGGAAGUACAAAACCAAAAGCUUUCGACUGUGUCGAUGUUGCUACAAGUGGCGUUGUCAGUGUCUUAUACCACGAAGAAGGAAGCCUCAUCCGCCGUUUAACAGCGGAACAAAGUUAGACAGUAGACUGGGCUUGCAUCCCAAACUAAAUGCGCUUACAUCGAUAUCGCCAGCUAUUGAUUUCUAUGAUUCACGACCAGUUGAUCGCAAAUCCGGAGUUAUCAAAAGGACUUAAUGAAGACCGGACGUGGUCCUGGAGCUCACGAGAUAUCUCGCUGGCCAGAUAGCAUUUUAAAGGCACCCUGUAAGAGUUUGCGAACGGACGUCAGCUUCGGAACUGUUCCGCAGUUUAAACCGAGCUACAAGUCCACCACGCCUGGUCCAGGAUACACGCUUAAAACGCAUAAUCCGUAUUACUACUUGGAUGAGAAGAAGCUGAAAGGUUUCUCUCACGUACCUUCCUUCGAGUUUGACGGAUUAGCGCAUAGAUUUCAAGAAGUUAAAAGAAAUUGGUCUCUACCGUGUACCAGAUACAGCGUGAAGUAUCCGAAUUCAUUGCAAGUUUUUCUUGAAAAAGUCACAGGCAAGAGAGGACCUUACGAUCUUUUUACAGGACCGAGAGACGAGAGUACAAUGAAGGGAUACUGGUCGCGUAAGAAAAUAGAUGAUUACAAUGACUGGCCACGAAAAUUACCCGGUGAAAUAGAAAAACUUCUGAGCAAGUCUAAUUAUUUCAAAGGAAAAUGGUCCACUAAUCUUAGGUUCACGAAGAAACCGGUUACAAGAAUGUUGUUACAAGAUAUCAGCACGUGUUACAAAGAUCCCGAUGAACCGGGUCCUGGUGAUUACAAUCCUCGAACGCCGCAAAAACCCGGCUCGAUCAAAAGAUAUCCUUUUGACAGCAAUGUAGCACGACUGCUUCCGUCGCGCGACAUUCCUCCUGAACUAGAAGAUGGGAAAGAUUCAGAAAGAGGGAAAGUGGGUACCAUACGAAUUGAGCCAGAAGAACAAAGAUAAUCGUGUCGAAAUGUGUCUGAAUCUGUACAACAAACAGCACAGAAAGUCUUUCCUGUGGAAAAUCAUAACGGGUGAUGAAAAGUGGAUAUAUUACGAUAAUCCUAAGCGAAAAAAAUCAUGGGUAGACCCCGGCCAACCAUCCACAUCAACGCCAAAGCGGAAUAUCCACGACCAAAAGGUAAUGCUCUGUAUAUGGUGGGAUAUGCAGGGUGUGCUAUAUUAUGAGCUUCUGCAACCACGUGAAAUGGUUGAUGGUGAUCGCUAUAGUCGACAACUAUUGAGAUUGAACGAAGAAAUCCGUCGAAAACGUCCAUAUACUGGCAAAGGAUUGCGUCCGGUGAAAUUGCUUCAUGACAACGCUAGGUCUCAUGUCGCUAAAACGGUCAAAGAAACAUUAUUGACGCUUGGUUGGGAUGUUGUACCGCACCCGGCCUAUUCGCCAGAUAUAGCGCCAAGUGAUUAUCACUUGUUCCGGUCGAUGCAAAACGCAUUGUCUGAGGUACGCUUCCGGAAUAUUGAAGAAGUGCGAAAAUGGGUUGAUGACUUUAUUAAAUCAAAAGACGAAACUUUCUUCACUGCCGGAAUUCGUAAGCUGCCCGAAAGAUGGCGCAAGAUCAUA